AGCUAAUACAUUUUGUAUCAAAUUGACAUAUAUUUAAUAUCAUUGUACAAAUGGAUAAACAUUUUGCACGUUGUAUUGUUGUUUAUAUUACUCAUACUGUGCUCACACCUAGAAUUUACCUUACGUUAUCUUAUCACCACUUAGUUUUCACUGUUUCGAUUCAUAUUGAUAGCAGUACAACAUGCAUCUGCUAAAGUUAUAUAUAUCAUACACUACUAUAACGCUCUACAUUUUGCUUGGUUUGGGUUACUUUUGUAAAGCAAGUGAUCCUUGUAGUAAUGACACUAUCCAAAAUUUGUGUUGGCAGCAGGAAACAUGCGAAGAGUGUUUGCAGAUCCAUGAAUGCUGCCAUUAUUGUUAUGACGAGGUGUAUCCUAUUGGAAGAAGACGAUGCAACACGAUGAACAACCUUUUCGAUUGCAACGCUGACAAACUCGAACGAAACUUUCAAUCAGGAGUGGAUAUCGAACAAAAUGAUGAAUAUACAGAUAAAAUCCAAAUCAGGCCACAGAAUGUGAAAGUAAGGCUGAGAUAUAUGGAGCCCGAGAAUGUAACGUUCAGCUAUAAACCAGCCAAAAACUAUGCCUUGGACCUCUACUACCUUGGCGACCUCAGCGUAUCCAUGAAGGAUAAUCUGGAAACAUUGAAGAAAAUAGGAAAACAACUUACGGAGAGUCUUACGAACUUAACAAAGAACUAUCGUCUAGCAUAUGGAUCUUUUCUGGAUAAGACUGCUAUGCCCUUCUAUUUUACCGAUGCCCAAAGAUAUGAAAAUCCUUGCCUGAAUUCUGAAUAUAACUGCGAGACUGGUUAUUUGUUUAAACACAAGCUUGAUUUUACACCCGAUAUGGAAAAGUUUAUCCAGAAGGUAUCGGACAGCAAAACCACGGCAAACAUUGAUGAUUUGGAUGGCGCUCUGGAUGCUAUCCUCCAGAUUCUGGUUUGUGGAAAACGAGUGGGCUGGAAUCCAGAUACCCGAAAGAUCAUUGUUUUGGCGACCGACAGUCUGUUGCAUACUGCUGGUGACGGAUUACUUGCUGGAGCUGUACGGAAGCCAACAGAAGAAUGCUUGCUCGAUGAAAAUGGAGAACACAGAAGACCAUUGAUAUAUGAUUAUCCGGAUAUUGGGCAGAUACAUGAUUUGCUCAGGAAUCGCAAGGUCAACAUAAUUUUUGCUGUAAAAAAACCAGAAAAGCUGAAAUAUUAUAAUAGGCUUAGAAAGGAAUUAUUGCGAGACUUUGCUUUUAGUGGCGAACUUGUAGCUGAUGAGCAUAUUAUAGAUCUUAUAGAGAAAGGUUAUCACAAUUUUGCCAGGCAGGUGAAUUUCUUUGCAAAUUUAACUGAACAUCCACAUAUCGAUAUAAAAUUUUUUGGGGACUGCGAAGGAAUAGGAUUCAAUGAAACUAAUUUAUGUUACAAUGUGGAAAAUAAUGAAAUAAACUUCAAGGUCCAGAUAACACUAAUUGAAAGACCAGCCAAAAUAGGAGCCAAUAACUCCUGGGAUACUAUAUUUAUUGAAGAAAAAAAUAUACAAGAGCGUAUAGAAGUGAGUCUUGAAUACGAAAAGCCGUGCGAAUGUGAAAAUUAUAUAAAGCCUGACAACACGAUUUGUGAAAACGGUGGAACAUUUGUCUGCGGAUAUUGCAAUUGUCCACAGGGAUGGAAAGGAGACACCUGCGAACUACGAUGUGAAACAGAAGACGACUAUGACAGUUGUAGACAGUUAAAGGAUGGCCACGUAUCAACAAUUUGUCAUAUGCACGGUGAAUGUAACUGUGGAAAAUGUGAAUGCGAUUAUCCAUAUUUGGGAACGUACUGCCAAUUCAAGUGUCCAAUCGGCGAAAAUAGGCAGAUAUGCAGUGGCAAAAAUCAUGGUACUUGUUUCGAAGGCAAAUGCCUUUGUAAAUCAGAAUACACCGGAAAAGACUGCUCAUGCUCAACAUCUACAUCAAACUGCCACUUACCAGACUCUCCUGAAAUGUGUAACAGCAACGGAAAAUGUCAUUGUAACAAAUGCGAGUGUAAUCAGGCAUACUCAGAUAAGUUCUGCGAAGUCAACGGAUCCAACAAUACAAUUUGUGAGAUUUACAAGCCGUAUGUUGAAGAAGCUGCUACUAGUGAAAAGUACAAAUUUCAAAGAAAUGGUGUGGACAUAUAUGUUGAUGUAGUUGGGGAUGCUACUCAAGAUGAUGAUGCAGCUUGUAGAACGGAAGCGUACUCUGGUAGCAACUUUUGUGUAAUUACCUUCGGCUAUUCUAGUAAUGAUGUUAACUCUGUACAUUUAAAGGCAAGAAUCAGUUGUUAUAAAACUGCUGGCUUCAAGAUGAUGACUAGCUUCGUGUCCAUUGUCGCUGCUGUGGUUAUAGGUGGAAUAUUAUUUAUACUGAUAUGGAAGAUUAGAAUCUACCACCAAGAAAGAGUGGAAUACAAAAAGUUCAUGAGCGAAAGUAAAAUGCCGGAACAGACUAACCCUCUUUAUAAGAAUCCAAUCACAACGUAUAGGAAUCCAUUGUUAGGCAAACCAUUUAACGAUGAAUCUGGUGGCUUCAGAACACAUUCACCAACACAAAAAUCAGCAUCAGAAAAUGAAGCUGAAAGCAUAGGUCUGCUAAAUAAGAAGAAAGAGUUCAGUCUGUACGAGAACUCAAGUACCCCAUCUUCGCCACAAAAAUAAUUUGUUCAUUUUGCUCAUUUUUGCACGAGAAUUAGAAAUAUCUGUUCAUCGCUAUACAGAAAAAAGCAGAAAUGCGACGCCGCAUAUUUUCAACACUUGAUUAAGUUAAAGCAGGAAAUCAUGUAAAGUACGAUAUAUGCAGAAGCAGUAGGGGAGGCUCGAGCAAAGUGAACAUUCUGGGCUUCGUGUGAUUAUUACACAAAUGUUACUUAGUUGGGUGGUACCUCCACGCUCAGACGUUUGAGACCGUCUGCCAUCUAUCGACAAUUACAACAUCGGCUGUAUAGUAGCCAGGAGAACCGUUCUUUUUGAAGGAGAUUCGCAGCUCAUGGCCAUCAGGUUAUUAACAAUUACCUCAGAGAGCCGCAAAAGUAUGAUACGUAUUGAACAGAACAACAAUGAACGAUCUCAAAUUCGGAAAUGUUUUAUGGCACAACUGGUACUAGGCACUCCGGCACGGGUAUCACGUAUCUUGAAAAGUGACAUUAUGCCGAUUUUUUUUUACAUUAUGCUGUUUAUUUGACAUUAUGUAGGUUUUUCGCCAAGACGUUGACUUAGCACCUUGUUGUACGUGUUGCCUAAACGUUAUGAGGCUUGUUAUAAAUCUUUGGCUCUGAUAUGAUCUGCUUCUGAGAUGGCAUUACUGGGGGUCUAAGCUGUAAGUUGUAUGUGUUGAUGAUAAUUGCAUUGGGUUCUUGUCUCAAAUACACUUAAUUGAGAUUUAAAGCUAGAAACUAGUUGCACAGCGACUUUUUCUUACCAAUUCUGGAAAUUGCAUAAUAUGCAAUAUCCAGCAAAUUUGCUGAAUUUCAAAAAUGAGAGAGAUAAGAAAUAAUUAUAUAUUCACUGUACACUGUCGAAGUACAAGCCAUAUACAUGCUAACAUUACACACAACGCGGGCGCGGUGAUGGUUUCCCGUAAUUCUCCUCAGUUUUUCGUAAUUUAUAAUUUUGAACAUAACCACUCUUCAGAAAGCACAACAUAUAAAUAACCCGUCAUAUUCAGCAUAUUCAGUCAUUAUUUUCUCACACAGCAAAUAUCACUGAUUUUAUACACAUGCGGACCAAUACACAUAAUCAUCCAGAUGCGAUCUUGCUAUUCAACCAACUUUCUGCUCAGAGAUAAAAGCCACAGACACGGAUCACUCAGCCUCACAAAACAUAUGCAACCAAUCAUGCGUGUAGUUUAGUUAAGUGAUUUCUCCAUAGAUGGACGUUCACAACGAUCCUAGUGAGCAAACGUGGAAUAACUGUUGCCUUCUAAAAACUAACUAGUCUGAAAGUUGACAUCUUAUAGAUUUUUUGGACGUUUUAUAGGUUUUUCACAUGAUACCCGUGCGGUGCUGUUUUUGUUAAUUCGCAAUUUUUCACAAAUUCAUUGAGGUCUUUCCUGUUUACUACCCAAGCUAUUGAUUUAAUCCUAGCUUUUCUAGGACUGACAAACUAGACGUGUGAUACCAAAGAAAUCCAUUCAUGCAGAUAGUAUGAUAUUGAACGCACAACACCUAUCUUGUAAAACCAAUACUUUUCUUAAAAAAAAAACAGAAUUUGUUGUCCGGUUGCUAAAUAAGCAAUCGAAAUCUCGUACAACUCCUACAAUUUUGAUGAUAUUUUCAUUGGAGAGACAGUUUAAAACAACUUACAACCAUAACAUAAUUGCUCUCUGUAGUGAUCAAAUUUAGUUGGCAAUAGGAUCGUAUUACGCUUUUGGAGAUUUCGGACUUCGAUCGCAUGACUAUUACAUUUGUGGACGUUUUAUUUUCUAGCAGUUUGGUAGCAGCCCCGACCGCUCGCCUACUGGCGCGUCACCUCUCUCUAAAUGGAACAUUUUGUGACGGUUUGUCAAGAUUUUCACGCUUAUCAUUAAAAAUAUUAAUUUGGAUAUUCAUAAUCACACGACUUAACAGGAGCAGUCACAGCAGAAACAGUGUUGCAACUAGUGCAACCGACUUUUUUUUUAAAUUUACCAUGAAUGCGUGAAUAUUGUUGAAUUGAUCCUAAAUACAAAAAUAGCAUUGGAACUUUUCGAGGAGGUAUGGACAAAAAAUUGACAAAAUUCAAGACAAAAAAUGUUGUGAAUUUUCAAAACUAUAACUGAAAUCUGAGCUGUUGCAUCAUAUCGAUACAUACAAGUUCAUACUAUCAUCAGGCAAUAGAUAUUACUUAGAUUAUAACGACCACCUUAAUGAUAGAUUGGAUACAUACCUUAAAAGGCCGACAGUAUACACAGUAUAGAAUUGGUAUUACUUCUUAUGAGCUCACCUAUUUUGCAAAAUUAAUCUUUUUGUUUGAAGAACACAGUUUGUUGCCUAUAUAGUAGUCAAAUGAGAACGUGGAUUCUGAUACAACUGAUUGCUAACUAUGAAAAAAGGUUGGAAGGGUAUGAGUAACGUUUGGCGAUAGCCGACUUAUGGUUUGGAUGAAGAGGAAAAAAUCGCUUUGCCCGGGGUGUUUGCUUUGCCCGGAAGUUUUUGGAUAACAACGAGACUGAUACUGCAAUUCCCCUCGACUGCUGUUCCACCUGCACCACUCUCAAAUUCAUCUUUUUCAUUCCACCUUUUUCACUCUACAUUUUCAAUUCCACUUUAAAAAGAUUUUUUAUACCAUGUACCAACAAAUUAAGACUAGUUUCAAAAACUUUAUUACUUUUGUAUAAUACUGCGAAGUGUACAUUUGUGUGGGGCUAGUAAAAAUAAUUGUGUGUAUAUUCCUAUACUUCCCUUAAAUAAAUAGUACUUAAAGUAUCCAUCAGUGCCGAUUUGUUUUAACUUCUAGUGUAACCAUCGAACUGAGACCAAUCAUAGAUACGAUUCCACAGACGUAACUGAGCACAUUCUCGUAGAAAUGAGGACAUAAGGUUCUUG